AUGGUCAAGGCAUCGCUCAAUGGCGUCGUUCUCGCCGAGUCCGACAACACCGUCGUCGUCGAGGGAAACCACUACUUCCCUCCGGACGCCGUGAACACUUCCGUGCUCACUCAGUCCAGCACGCACACUACGUGCCCGUGGAAGGGCGUUGCUUCCUACUAUAAUGCCACUAUCGGGGGUAAGACGGAAGUGAAUGAUGUUGCUUGGUACGUGACGAAUGCCUCAUGGGGCCUGCGUCAGGUCGUUACACAUUCGAAUGGGAACAGGUAUUACCCAGAGCCCAAGGAGAAGGCUCAAAACAUCAAGGACUAUGUCGCAUUCUACAAGAAUAAGGUCGCCUUCCAGUGA